AUGGGUUUGAAUAUGGCAAUAAAUCUGGAUGUACAUGAGCUCUUAGUCUUGGGGGAUUCCGACUUGCUCAUUCGACAAGCUCGAGGCAAAUGGGAAACUCGAGACAUUAAGCUCAUACUGUACAAACAAUGUUUAGAAGAUCUCAUCAAAAAGUUCAAGUCCAUUGAGUUUAGAUAUAUUCCCAGGUUUCACAAUGAGUUGGCUGAUGCUUUGGCCACCCUAGCAUCGAAGCUUCCAUACCCAGGUAAUACCUACAUUGACCCGUUGGAAAUCCAAGUUAGGGAUCAACAUGGUUAUUGCAAUAUAAUUGCGGUAGAGGCAGAUGGUGAGCCUUGGUAUCACGACAUCAAACAAUUUAUAAAAGAUAGAGAAUAUCCACUGCAUGCUGAUAAAGAUCAAAAAAGAACUAUUGGGCGACUCACCAAUGGGUUCCUCUUAAGUGGCGAUAUCUUAUAUAAAAGGACUCCGGAUUUGAAUUUAUUACGAUGUGUGAAUAAUCAAGAGGCGGAAACAAUUAUGAAUGAGGUACACUCAGGGGUAUGUGGCCCACAUAUGAAUGGUUACGUCCUAGCAAAAAAGAUUAUUCGGGCAGGAUACUUGGUUGACCAUGGAGCGAGAUUGCUUCCAAUAUGUUCGCAAGUGCCAUCAGUGCCAAAUUCACAGCUACUUGAUCCACUCACCCCCUUUAGAGUUGCAUCCUAUGUCUGCUCCAUGGCCUAUUGUUACAUGGAAGCUAUCACGUUAAAAUCAGUUACCAAGAAAGCGGUGGUGGACUUCGUUCAUUCCAACAUCAUAUGUCGUUUUGGCAUACCAAAAAUCAUUGUUGCAGACAAUGCAAUGAAUCUCAACAGCCACUUGAUGAAGGAAGUUUGUGAGCAAUUUAAAAUUGUUCAUCGUUAUUCAACCCCUUAUCAUCCCAAAGCAAAUGGGGCUGUUGAAGCUGCGAAUAAGAAACAUCAAGAAGAUUCUUAG